AUGGUUCAAGAAAGUCUAACUGCCGAAGAAAUUGAAUAUAUCGUUGAAGAAGCAAGAUAUGGUGAAUUAGAAUCCCUCCAACAAAUUUUCCAAGAGAUCGAUCAUAAGCUUCUUCUAAACAUCAAGGACAAUGUUACUGGUUCCACUUUGAUCCAUAUGUCUGCUGGUAAUGGAUACUUGGAAGUAGUUAAGUUCUUGCUUUCAUUAUGUGAUUCUAAAAUCGAUAAAGAAGAAUUAAAAAAUUUUGUCAAUUUGAAAAAUGCCUCUGGAAAUACUGCCUUACAUUGGGCAGCAUUGAAUGGACACUUGGAAAUAGUGAAAGUUUUAUGUGAUGAAUACGAAGCUGAUCCAUUCGUGAAAAAUGAUGUGGGUCACGAUGCGAUCUUUGAAGCUGAAAAUAACAAUAAGGAAGACGUUGAAGAAUACUUUUUGCAGAAAUUCUCAUUUGAUCCUGAAGAAAGUGAUGGCGAUGAAGACGAAGAUGCCGAACACAAAUCAAAGGAUGAGCCAACCUUCAAGGCCGGUUGUGAAAUCGAGAGUGUUACUAAGGAGGCUAUCGCCGCCAAGGAAGAGUUAUUGAAAGAAAGACAGCAGCAGGAGGAAUUGGCAGCUAAGACAGAAGAUUUAAAGAUAUGA